ACUAAUUAUACAAUUAUUUUCCCUAAUCAUUUAAAAAGAUUUAUUUUUCAGAUGUACAUGUGUGUACCUGCAUGAAUUUAUGUGCAUCACACAUAUGUAGGUUCCCAAGGAUGCCAGAAGAGCACAUAAGAUCCCCUGGAGCUGGAGUUACAGGCAGUUGUGAGAUGCCUGAUGGGUGCUGGGGAUGGAACCAAGGUCCUCUGCAAGAGCAGUAGAGAUAUUGUUUAGCUGUCUUUCUAGUCUCUAUUGAUUAAUAUUUAAUAUGAUACACUGGGUUGGUGAAGGCCAGAGCCUGAGGUACUACAGGGUAUGAGCAAUCUGUUUUCUCUAGUCCUGCCGUGAGGUCUACAGUAGAGGAAUCCACUCUCCUCAGCUUUGUCAAAGGACAAUUCCAUGAGUUCAGAAGAGCACAGCUGGAGUGGCCUUCUUCGCGUAGAUGGUCUGCAUGGACAGCAUAGCAGUUUGAGUUCUGGAGCAAAGCUAGACAGAGGCAAUCUCAAUAGCAUAGCUCCUAUAUAUCGUGACAGAACCCUGGCUGCCAUGUAGUCUAUUGAUAAGGCUAACGUUUGCAGGAGCCAAUAACUGAGUCAAACUCGGGUUGUCUAAAAAAAAAAAAAAAAAAAAAAACAAAAACCGGAAAGUACUCAUGUUUCCAGCGACCUCCGGUGUCUUUUCAUAUCAGUCUUGGUCUGGACUCCUGUGCACUGGGUCUAUCGCGAUAGGACAGAAAACUCCAGGUCUCAACUGUUGGAAUUGGGACAGUGUCCAUAUAAAAGAGAAUUCAUGAUGUAAAAGACAGAAUGAUUAAAGAGGAUUUAGUUCAUUUUAUGGAUCCCUAGGCUUAACACUGCAGCUAAUCAACUAAAGAGCGGUGUGCGGAAACGACCUGCGAGCACACACUCUUCUAACCUUUCUGCUCUCUGACACGGGACCUGCCACUCGAGUCCCACUAGUGGAUGAUCCCACCCACAGUCCCGUCCACCCUCGUAACUGUGUCCUCAACUUUGUGGGUCUAUUUCUGCCUCUCUUUCCUGCAAUCAGUUAAUCGAGGGCCAACUGCACCUUCGUGAGUGGAAAUUCUAAUGUCUUUGACUGGCUUACAAAUGACAGAACGGGAGCCAGAGCUGGACCCAAAAACGAUCCUGCAGCCCUAGGCCGGAAGCGGAAACACUGUUGGUUAUGGCUUUCAGUCUUUUCCGGGGUGGACUCUGGGAUUUGUAGUUCCUUUGCUUCCCGGAGGUGGUGACCAGCAGGCUGCUUAGGUGACAAGGGUCGGGCCCCUCCGCUGAGGCGGCGGCGUUUUCUCGGACUGCGCGGGAGAGCGCGACCCGACCCGUUCACUUCUGAAAGGAAAAGAAUUUACUCCUAUUUGGUUUUGAUCGUAAGUCUUCUUCAGCAGUUGGAGAGUCCGAAGUGUUCACGUGGUUGAGAACAGGAAAAUGUUUUAGAAACAAUCCCAAACAUCUAAUAUAUCAAUAGGAUUUGCUGAGGACGUAUUUCCUGAGACAUACAAAUGGACUCAGUGACCUUUGAGGAUGUGGCUGUGUACUUUACCAAAGAAGAGUGGAACUUAUUAGAUGGAUUUCAGAGAAACCUCUACAGAGAUGUGAUGCUGGAGAACUACCAGAACGUGGCCACAAUAGAAAGGAAAAUGGAACUUGAGAAACUUCAGCUGGACAGUUUUUGGUCAGAUAUAUCAAAUGAGACACAACUGGCAAGAUUAACAAAGGCAGGAAGCCACAAUGGAGGGAAGCUCUGUGACUCUAAGAAGGUUGGAAAAUUCUUCAGUGAACGCCCAUGCCUUCAGACAUAUAUGAAUAUUUGCAGUACAGAAAAGAUUUCUGAAUAUAAUUGGCAUAGAAAAGACUUACUUCCUUCAGUUAAGAAAACCUCUACUGAAGAGAAACUUUCUGUGUUGAUUCAGUGUGAAGAAGCCUUUGCUCAGAUGCCAAGCAUUGCUUACCAGAGGACAUGCAUUCAGGAAGAUUCCUUUGAAUCCAAUGAUUUUGGCAAAUCCUUUGUUGAUAAUCAGUUGCAACUUAAGGCACACAGCAAAGCCCACAGUAAAGAAAAUCUCUGUGAAUGGAAGCAAAGUAAGAAAGCUUUUACUCAGUCCACAAAUUGUUCUGUUUUAGAGAAAUGCUAUGAAGAUAAGGAAUGUGGAAAAGCCUCUACGGCACACUCAGGCCUUACUACACAUGUAGGAAGUCAUAAAAGGCAGAAGUCUUAUGAGUGCACAGAGUGUGGGAAAGUGUUUGGGAAGUGCUCAGGACUUACUGAACAUGUGAGAAGUCACACAGGAGAGAAACCUUUUAAAUGUAACCAAUGUGGAAAGUCUUUUGCUUCUUCAUCCUAUCUUACUGCGCAUUUGAGAACUCAUACUGGAGAGAAGCCCUUUGAGUGUACAGUGUGUGAGAAAGCGUUUACACGUUCCUCCUACCUUCGCAUUCACAUGCGGACUCACACUGGAGAGAAACCCUAUAACUGUAAGGAGUGUGGAAAAACCUUUGCUGUGCGCUCGUGCCUUAAUAAACAUGCCCUAACACAUACUGGGGAGAAGCCUUAUGAUUGUAAGGAAUGUGAGAAGGCAUUUACUAGCUUUUAUCAACUAACUGAACAUAUGAAAAUUCACACUGAUGAGAAACCCUUUGAAUGUCAGGUGUGUACAAAAUCAUUUAGGAAUUCCUCAUGCCUUAAGAAGCACUUCCAAAUUCACACUGGAAUAAAACCAUUUCAAUGUAAGGACUGUGGGAAAGCCUUCAGUGGACGGACUAGCUUUGCCACACAUGUAUUGACUCAUACUGGGGAGAAGCCAUAUGAGUGUAAGGAGUGUGGGAAAGCCUUCAGUACCUCCGCAGGCCUCAUUGAACACAUAAGAAGUCACACAGGAGAGAAGCCCUUUGAAUGCUAUCAAUGUGGAAAGGCCUUUGCAUCUUCCUCAUAUCUUACUGCACAUUUGAGAACUCACACUGGAGAGAAGCCAUUUGAGUGUACAGUGUGUGGUAAAGCAUUUACGCGUUCUUCCUACCUUUGUAGACACAUGAAAACUCAUAUUGGAGAGAAACCCUAUGUAUGUAAGGAUUGUGGGAAAGCCUUCAUUGAGUGCUCAUGCCUUACCAGACACAUAAGUACAUACACUGGAGAGAAACCCUAUCUGUGUUAGCAAUGUGGGAGAGCAUUCACCAGCUUUUCUUAACUCACUUAACAUAUGAAAACUCUUACUGGUGAGAAGCCUUUUGAAUAUCAGAUAUGUACAAAAAUUUUUAGAAAUUUGCAUGCCUUAAGAUGCACUUCUGAAUUAACUCUGCACUAAAAUUAUAUCAGUGUAAGGAGUGUGGAAAAGCCUUUGGGGGCCACACUGGCUUUACUACACUUGCACUAACUCACAUUGGGGAAAAGCCAUAUGAAUUCAGAGAAUGUCAGAAUGCCUUCACUUCUUUCCUCACAUCUUUAACAUCUACGAAGUCACACAGGAGAGAAACCCUUUGAAAGUGACCUGUACUAUGUAUAUAAGAACUGUGGGAAAGCCUUUACUGAGCACUUAGCCAUUAGUAAACACUUAAGAACACAUACUGUAGAGAAACCCCAUGAUUAUUAGGAAUUGAGAAAGCUUCUACUGUUCAUACUUCAGUAGAUAUACACUCUAAAUGGAAAGAAUAUGAAAAAGGCAUCAUUUAUUCUUCUGAUCAUAUGGAACAUAAAUAAUCCCAGAGUGAAACUCAUGUAAAGAAUGAGGAAAGUGCACUAAGAAGUGUGCACAUUUGUGUAUGCACAUUAUUAAGCUCAGCACAGGUAGUCAGUUGUCCUAGAAAUGGCUUAACAGAUGUACUGCUCUUCUUGAGUUUGGUUCCCAUCACCCACGUUGGGCCACUUAUAACCAUCUGUAACUCCAGCUCUGGGGAGAUCUUAUGGC